AUGGCGGCGGCCACGGCCCGGGGUGGCAGCGGCGCCUUCGGCUGCUCUUCCGGCGCCGGAGGUUCGCGGGAUUUCUACUUCAACACGGUCCUGUCGCUGGCCCGCUCCCUGGCAGUGCAGCGACCGGCAUCCUUGGAGAAGGUCCAGAAGUUGCUCUGCAUGUGCCCUGUGGAUUUUCAUGGGGUCUUUCAGCUGGACGAGAGGCGCAGGGAUGCGGUCAUCGCCCUGGGCGUUUUUCUCAUCGAGUCUGACCUUCAGCACAAGGAUUCCAUUGUUCCAUACCUUCUUCGACUUCUCAAAGGUCUUCCCAAAGUGUAUUGGGUAGAAGAAAGCACAGCUCGGAAAGGCAGAGGUUCCCUCCCAGUGGCAGAGAACUUCAGCUUCUGCCUGGUGACUUUGCUGUCUGAUGUGGCCUACAGGGACCCCACCCUGAGAGAUGAGAUUUUAGAGGCACUUUUGCAGGUUCUAAGCAUCCUUUUGGGAAUGUGCCAGACCUUGGAGAUUCAAGAAAAAGAGUAUCUCUGCAAAUCCGCCGUCCCCUGCCUGUUAGGAAUCUCCCGUGCUUUUGGGCGUCACAGCAGCACAGAGGAGUCUCUGCUCUCGAAGCUCUUCCCCAAAAUCCCGCCACAUUCCCUCCGGGUCCCAGAGGAGCUCGAAGGUGCCCGGAGGCGGUCCUUCAAUGAUUUCCGCUCCAUCCUCCCCAGCAGUCUGCUAAUGGCCUGUCAGGAGGGCACCCUGAAGAGGAAGACCAGCAGUGUGUCCAGCAUCUCCCAGGUCAGCCCAGAACGAGGGAUGCCCCCUCCCAGCUCGCCUGGAGGAUCAGCCUUCCAUUACUUUGACGCCUCCUGCUUGCCUGAUGGGAGUGCCCUGGACCCCGAUUACUACUUCUCCACCAUCAGCUCCAGCUUCUCCGUCUCACCCCUUUUCAACGGCGCCCCCUAUCGGGAGUUCAACAUUCCCCUCGAAAUGCUUCAGGAACUGCUAAACUUGGUGAAGAAGAUCGUCGAGGAGCCUGUUCUCAAGUCUCUGGAUGCAGUGGUAGCCAGCGUCACAGAGGCCAAUCCUGGGGCAGAUCUCUACUACUCCACCUUCAGCGACCCUCUGUAUGUGGCUGUGUUCAAGAUGCUGCGGGACACGCUCUACUACAUGAAGGACCUCCCAACCUCCUUUGUGAAGGAGAUCCACGACUUUGUGCUGGAGCAGUUCAACACGAGCCAGGCGGAGCUCCAGAAGAUUCUGCACGAUGCCGACCGUGUCCACAACGAGCUAAGCCCCCUCAAGCUGCGCUGCCAGGCCAACGCCGCCUGUGUGGACCUCAUGGGCUGGGCUGUGAAAGACGAGCAGGGUGCAGAAAACCUGUGUAUCAAGCUGUCAGAGAAACUGCAGUCCAAGACAUCCAGCAAGAUCAUCAUUGCCCACCUGCCCUUGCUCAUCUGCUGUCUGCAGGGCCUGGGCCGUCUAUGCGAGAGAUUCCCCGUGGUGGUCCACUCCGUGACGCCCUCCCUGAGAGACUUCCUGGUCAUCCCGUCCCCCGUGCUGGUGAAGCUCUACAAGUACCACAGUCAGUACCACACAGUGGCCGGCAAUGAUAUAAAGAUCAGCAUCACCAAUGAGCAUUCUGAGUCCACCCUGAACGUCAUGUCGGGAAAGAAGUGCCAGCCCUCCAUGUACGAGCAGCUUCGAGACAUCGCCAUCGACAACAUCUGCAGGUGCCUGAAAGCUGGCCUGACAGUGGACCCCGUGAUUGUGGAGGCCUUUCUGUCCAGUCUGUCCAACCGGCUGUACAUCUCCCAGGAAAGUGACAAGGAUGCCCACCUGAUUCCCGACCACACAAUCCGGGCCUUAGGCCACAUUGCAGUGGCCCUGAGGGACACGCCCAAGGUCAUGGAGCCGAUUCUACAGAUCCUGCAGCAGAAAUUCUGCCAGCCCCCCUCCCCGCUUGACGUGCUCAUCAUCGACCAGCUGGGCUGCCUGGUCAUCACAGGAAAUCAAUAUAUCUACCAGGAAGUGUGGAAUCUCUUUCAGCAAAUCAGUGUGAAGGCCAGCUCGGUUGUGUACUCAGCCACCAAAGACUACAAGGACCAUGGCUACAGGCACUGCUCCUUGGCCGUCAUCAAUGCCCUGGCCAACAUCGCAGCCAACAUCCAGGAUGAGCACCUGGUGGACGAGCUGCUGAUGAACCUGCUGGAGCUGUUUGUGCAGCUGGGCUUGGAGGGGAAGCGUGCCAGCGAGCGUGCCAGCGAGAAAGGCCCUGCCCUGAAGGCCUCCAGCAGUGCGGGGAACCUGGGCGUGCUUAUUCCUGUCAUAGCGGUGCUCACCCGCCGCCUGCCACCCAUCAAGGAGGCCAAACCAAGGCUGCAGAAGCUCUUCCGGGACUUCUGGCUCUAUUCUGUGCUGAUGGGCUUCGCCAUGGAGGGCUCAGGGCUCUGGCCAGAGGAGUGGUAUGAGGGCGUGUGUGAGAUCGCCACCAAGUCGCCCCUGCUGACCUUCCCCAGCAAGGAGCCCCUGCGCUCUGUCCUGCAGUACAACUCGGCCAUGAAGAACGACACGGUCACUCCUGCUGAGUUGAACGAGCUUCGGAGCACCAUCAGCAACCUGCUGGAUCCGCCUCCUGAAGUGUCCGCCCUCAUCAACAAGCUGGACUUCGCCAUGUCCACCUACCUCCUUUCUGUCUACCGGCUGGAGUACAUGAGGGUCCUGCGCUCCACAGACCCAGACCGCUUCCAGGUGAUGUUCUGCUACUUCGAGGAUAAGGCGAUUCAGAAAGACAAAUCAGGGAUGAUGCAGUGUGUGGUUGCCGUCGCCGACAAAGUGUUCGACGCCUUCCUGAACAUGAUGGCAGAUAAAGCCAAGACCAAGGAGAACGAGGAGGAGCUGGAGCGGCAUGCACAGUUCCUCCUGGUGAACUUCAACCAUAUCCACAAGCGUAUCCGGAGGGUGGCGGACAAGUACCUGUCUGGCCUGGUGGACAAGUUCCCUCACCUGCUCUGGAGCGGGACUGUGCUGAGGACCAUGCUGGACAUCCUGCAGACCCUAUCACUGUCACUGAGUGCGGACAUUCACAAGGACCAGCCAUACUACAACAUCCCUGACGUCCCCUACCGGAUCACGGUGCCAGACACCUAUGAGGCCCGAGAGAGCAUCGUGAAGGACUUUGCAGCGCGCUGCGGGAUGAUUCUCCAAGAGGCAAUGAAGUGGGCGCCCACAGUCACCAAGUCCCACCUGCAGGAAUACCUGAACAAGCAUCAGAACUGGGUGUCCGGAUUGUCCCAGCACACAGGGCUGGCCAUGGCCACCGAGAGCAUCCUCCACUUCGCCGGCUACAACAAGCAGAACACGACCCUGGGGGCAAUGCAGCUGACUGAGCGCCCAGCUUGCGUGAAGAAGGACUACUCCAACUUCAUGGCUUCCCUGAACCUGCGCAACCGCUAUGCUGGAGAGGUGUAUGGGAUGAUCCGGUUCUCAGAUGCCACCGGCCAGACGUCUGACCUGAAUCGGAUGAUGGUCCAGGAGCUGAACAGAGCGCUGAGCCUCGGCAGCCCUCAGCAUUACACACAGGCCAUGUUCAAGCUGACCGCCAUGCUCAUCAGCAGCAGAGACUGCGACCCCCAGCUCCUCCACCACCUGUGCUGGGGCCCCCUGCGGAUGUUCAACGAGCACGGCAUGGAGACCGCCCUGGCCUGCUGGGAGUGGCUGCUGGCUGGCAAGAACGGCGUGGAAGUGCCGUUCAUGCGGGAGAUGGCAGGGGCCUGGCAGAUGACGGUGGAGCAGAAGUUUGGCCUUUUUUCCGCCGAGAUCCAUGAAGCCGACCCUCUGGCAGCCUCAGAAGCCAGUCAGCCAAAGCCCUGCCCGCCUGAAGUGACACCCCACUACAUCUGGAUUGAUUUCCUGGUGCAGCGCUUUGAGAUCGCCAAGUAUUGCAGCUCCGACCAGGUGGAGAUCUUCUCCAGCCUCCUGCAGCGCUCCAUGGCCCUGCACAUCGGCGGCGCCAGGGGCAGCAUGAACCGCCACGUGGCCGCCAUUGGGCCACGCUUCAAGCUUCUAACCCUGGGGCUGACUCUGCUGCACGCUGAUGUGGUCCCGAAUGCAACCAUUCGCAACGUGCUCCGGGAAAAGGUCUACUCGACCGCCUUCGACUACUUCAGUUGUCCCCCCAAGUUCCCGACGCAAGCGGAGAAGAGGCUGCGUGAGGACAUCAGCAUCAUGAUCAAGUUUUGGAUGGCCAUGUUCUCAGACAAGAAGUACCUCACUGCCAGCCAGCUUGCACCCCCAGAAAACCAGGACACGCGGAGCAACCUGGACAUAACGGUGGGCUCUCGGCAACAGGCUGCACAAGGCUGGAUCAACACAUACCCGCUGUCCAGCGGCACGUCCACCAUCUCCAAGAAGUCAGGGCUGUCAAAGAAGACCAACCGGGGCACCCAGCUGCACAAGUACUACAUGAAGCGCCGCACGCUGCUGCUGUCCUUGCUGGCCACUGAGAUUGAGCGGCUCCUCACAUGGUACAACCCACUGUCGGCCCCAGAGCUGGAGUUGGACCAGGCAGGGGAGAGCAGCGUGGCCAACUGGAGGUCCAAGUAUAGCAGUCUGAGCGAGAAGCAGUGGAAAGACAACGUCAACCUGGCCUGGAGCAUCUCUCCUUACCUGGCCGUGCAGCUGCCCGCCAGGUUUAAGAACACGGAAGCCAUUGGAAAUGAGGUGACCCGCCUGGUCCGGUUGGACCCAGGAGCUGUCAGCGAUGUCCCUGAAGCCAUCAAGUUCCUGGUCACCUGGCACACCAUCGACGCCGACGCGCCCGAGCUCAGCCAUGUGCUUUGCUGGGCGCCCACCGACCCCCCCACCGGUCUGUCCUACUUCUCCAGCAUGUACCCACCACACCCGCUCACUGCGCAGUACGGGGUCAAGGUGCUGCGCUCCUUCCCUCCGGACGCCAUCCUGUUCUACAUUCCGCAGAUUGUGCAGGCCCUCAGGUACGACAAGAUGGGCUACGUGCGGGAGUACAUUCUGUGGGCGGCAUCCAAAUCCCAGCUGCUGGCCCACCAGUUCAUCUGGAACAUGAAGACAAACAUCUAUCUGGAUGAGGAGGGCCACCAGAAGGACCGUGACAUCGGGGACUUGUUGGAGCAGCUGGUGGAAGAAAUCACAGGCUCCUUGUCAGGCCCAGCCAAGGACUUCUACCAGCGGGAGUUUGACUUCUUCAACAAGAUCACCAACGUAUCCGCCAUCAUCAAGCCCUACCCUAAAGGUGAUGAGCGAAAGAAGGCGUGUUUGUCUGCACUCUCCGAGGUCAAAGUCCAACCAGGUCAGCAAGGGCCCUUGGUGGCUCAGCCCUCAGCAUUGGGUGCAGAGGGCAACCUGGGAACCAUGGCACUGAAGAGGGCCCUGACUCCCCUGAACAGUAGCUCGCCAGGCUCUGCGGGGGAAGGGGGUGGGCUGGCCAACUGGCAGGAGGAAACCACUGUCACCAGCAGGAGCUGCUCUGGGGACGGAAGCCAUUGCCUGGGCCCAGUGGCCACAGACCGAGAAUGGACCCGGCUAUGGAAACCCAGACUAGUCUACUUUCAACCACUGGGGGUGGGGGACUGCCCAAGGGGAAGCAGCUGCCAAGGAUCCUCAUUUCCAUUGGGCGUGGGCAGGCCGGCCGCCCAGUGCCCAUGGUGUCCCCCUCCUGUCGGCUCCCAGGACAUGCUGGCCCUGCAGAUCAUAGACCUCUUCAAGAACAUCUUCCAGCUGGUGGGCCUGGACCUUUUCGUGUUUCCCUACCGGGUCGUGGCCACUGCCCCUGGGUGCGGAGUGAUUGAGUGCAUCCCAGACUGCACCUCUCGGGACCAGCUGGGUCGCCAGACGGACUUCGGCAUGUAUGACUACUUCACACGACAGUACGGAGACGAGUCCACACUGGCCUUCCAGCAGGCCCGCUAUAACUUCAUCCGGAGCAUGGCUGCCUACAGCCUCCUGCUGUUCCUGCUGCAGAUCAAAGACCGGCACAAUGGCAACAUCAUGCUGGACAAGAAGGGCCACAUCAUCCACAUUGGUCAGCCACGUUGGUGGCCUGAGUGCUGGUCUUGUCAGUGCAAUAAGGAGACAGCUGCUGAAGAUCCCCUCCCCACCACCUUUGCUCUUCUCUUGGCCUCCAGGAGCCGGACCUACGACAUAAUCCAGUACUAUCAGAAUGACAUCCCCUACUGAGCACAGUGCCACCUGUUAUAUGCGUGUGUACUGGGCAGCCCCCUCCACAGCCAUGAGCCACAUGGCUGCUAGGACAGCUGCACAGAAGACCCUUACCUGGUGGGCAGUGCUGGAGGAGCACAGCUGGAGGUGCAUGACAUCCUUUCCACAGGAGAACCACACCUGCAGCCCUUUGCAGUCUGACCCUCCCUUAGGUAUGGCGUGUCGCACUGCUUCCAUGACAGUGAUUUGACAGCACUAUCAUAUGUGUGAAUCCUUUGUUUGCACUGGACACAUUCCUACCUGUCUUAUUCCAUAGGUACCUGAAGUAUUCUGUGCGUGUGCGUGUGUGUGUGUGUAUAAAAAUAAAUAAAUAACAUACAACUUGUACAAAUGAA